AUGUUCUCGGCAAAUGAAAAUCUGGCAUUGCGCCAACACAAGAAGAAGGUUGUGGCGUUUGUGGAAGAAUGUAUACCCGAAGAGGCACUGGACAUGGGAACAAUGGUGAUGGCCAUGCAGGUCUCCUGUAAGGCUCCUGGUUGCGUGCCAUUGGAGACGGCCAUAGUCAUUGUCUUUCCGAAACUGGGUGAAGAGUUAAUUGCUGGAUUGCCGGAAUCCUGUGGUGGGAACUACAAGACGAAAGUGUUAAAGCCCAUGGUGGAAGUGACCAAAGAAGAUGUUUUGGAAGCAUUGCCCCCAGCAUUUCCUGGAGGCAAACGGUCCAUGGAAAAUCUCUUCAUGCAAGCCAGAGAUGUCAUGCUGGGACAAAUCACGCAGCUAUUGCCGAGGAAGAUCAGCAGGGAAGAAAGAUAA